UGUGCCCAGUGAUGCACUUGUCAUCCAAUCGCCUCAAUAGGACUUGUACCUUAGCCAAUAGCACCUCUUUAUUUUUAGUAUGACAGCAACAAGGCAUGCACAGCCCUCCCUCUGCUCUUGUUCGGUAUAAAAACUCUGGACAGCUCAUAUUCUGUCCUUUUUUCCCUCUGCUCCAAAUCAGGGGAAGUCGUAUUAGUUACUGGGCACAGUAAGUCGAAAUGGGAAAGGAGAAGAUCCACAUCAACAUUGUGGUCAUUGGUCAUGUCGACUCCGGCAAGUCCACCACGACCGGCCACCUCAUCUACAAGUGCGGAGGAAUCGACAAGAGAACUAUCGAGAAGUUUGAGAAGGAAGCUGCCGAGGUUCGUUUGAGGGACACCAGGCAAGCGUAUGAGAAACGUAUUUCCUCCUGUUCACUCUCAGGUAUUGGAACUGUCCCCGUCGGCCGUGUUGAGACCGGCAUCCUGAAGCCCGGUAUGGUCGUCACCUUUGCUCCCCCCAACCUGACCACUGAGGUGAAGUCUGUGGAGAUGCACCACGAGUCUCUGGCCGAAGCUCUACCUGGCGAUAACGUCGGUUUCAACAUCAAGAACGUGUCCGUCAAGGAAAUCCGUCGUGGAAACGUGGCUGGCGACAGCAAGAACGACCCACCCCAGACGGCUGACAACUUCACCGCCCAGGUCAUCAUCCUGAACCACCCCGGACAGAUCUCCCAGGGUUAUGCCCCCGUGCUGGACUGCCACACCGCUCACAUUGCCUGCAAGUUCAGUGAGCUCAAAGAGAAGAUUGACCGUCGUUCAGGCAAAAAGCUGGAAGACAAUCCCAAAGCCCUCAAGUCCGGAGAUGCCGCCAUCAUCACCAUGGUGCCUGGAAAACCCAUGUGUGUGGAGAGCUUCUCCCAGUAUCCCCCACUGGGUGAGUACAGCAGU